GCACUGGGUAUUGCGACAGAUAGAGAGAGCACAGUGUAGUGGUGGUAGUCGAUCCUUAGCUAGCUAGUUCGACACAGGGUCGAAUCGGACAUGAGGUAAAUAAUACGUUCUCAGUGAAGAAGUGAAGUUAUUUGAGAGUGAAGUUAUGUCAAAAUAAGACUGACAGUUCGCAAAUAAGUUUAUCAUUAUACCAAUUUUUAAAAAAAUAGUCUUUAAAAAUAAUCUAAUGAAACAAGAGACUUUUUAAACUGAAUGAUUAUAGCUACAGUUUCAAUUCGUUAGAUAGCGUGCCCUUGAAACCUUUUGAAUUAUAAAAUGAUAUAGAUAACCUUUUCCCAAAAAAGGAAAAAAAUCAGUAACCACAACCAAGACCUCAUCUACCCUAGAAAGAAAAAAAACAAGUGAACAUCGGUGCUCCUGAAACCUUUUGAAUUAUAAAAUGAUAUAGAUACCCUUUCCCCAAAAAGGAAAAAAAUCAAUAACCAAUUUCAACCACAACUACGUCCUCAUCUACCCUGGGAAAAAAAAAGUGAACAUCGAAAACGAAUACAAUUGAAUGCCACGAAUAAGAGACUCGAUCGACUAUAAUAUGCUGAAUUCGGACGCGUCAUUAAGUGCCCUGUCGGGGUCAUCUGAUUAGGGCUGACCCACGUUUGACCCAGGGUUGACCCAGGGUUGACCUUGGCCAUGGACAAGAGACGGCAGCAGCAGCAGCAUCAUCGUGUGGGGGGGAGCGAGUCGCCUGCCCCAGAAGGAAAAGGAAGGCUCAGAGCCCAAGCGCAAUUCCUACCGCCGGAUGUUCGACACGUGUCCCGCUCCUGCCACGACCUGCCUGGAACGCUCGUCUAUUCCCGUUCCUCAGGCAACGUCCCUUCCAUGUUCUCCAGGCUUGACCCAGAACAGGGUCGCAAUAAUAACCGCGCCCAUCUCCCAGCGCCCCUGGUCAGCAUGGGAUACGACCCUGGACCAGCGAAAGGGGGCCUGAAUAUCGCAAGGAAACCCGUCACAGCGACGCUGUCGGCGCCUAGGCAAGUGUUUCCAGGUUUCCAGCACCACCAGCCCAGACACUCCAGCCCUCUGUCCAGGGCAGGAGCAGCCGCGCAGGUGUUGAGGAAGAAUGCCAUCACGAAUGGCGGAUGCUUGGAGAACAGGCACACUACCCUGGGGACCCACCUGUCCUGGUCGCCGACCAGGCUGAGCCAGCAGCCACAGGCGCCGCCCUACAGGGCGAGAGUCAUGAGCGACUCCCAGGGUGGGCAGAACAAGAGGCUUUCCAGAAGUGUCCGGAUCAAGAACUGGAUUCAAAAGAAGCAAAACAGUGGUUCCCUAGAUGACACACAGAAUACCUUCUACUCCGUGGACGAGGCUGAUGACGAAGGGCGACCACGUUCCAACUAUCACCUGCAUGACAUUCAUGAAGAAACUGAGAGACCUCUGAAAAGAACAGGGAAAAGGACUACUCGACGGAUAAGCAAGGUUUCUAGGCGGAAACGGGAAUGGCGUACAGAUAUGGAUCACGAUAUCAGCCCGGAGUCAGAAGCCUGCGAAAAUGACAUUGAAGAAGCGUCAAACUUUGAGAAACGUCUGCUGGAAGUCAGCUCUGGAUGGAACCCACAAGAAGUACGGGAGCAGCGAAUCAAUGCCUUGAGGUCCUUCCUCUCAACCAAACAGCAACCACUUACAGUACUGAACCUCCUGGAGGCUGGCAAGAUUGCAGAGGCUGUGGCGAUGGCGAGAGAGAGUAACAUGAGGUUUAAACUUGACAUAUGUUUGCUAUGGGCAUGUCUCCAGGGUGCAGCUGACCUUGUUCAAUCUCUGCUUGAAGCAGGAGCCAGUGCUGAUGCCAAGGACAGUGCAGGUUUCAGUGCAAUGCAUCUAGCAGCUGAGAGCGGCUCUGACGAAGUGAUCAAGGUAUUAGUUCAAGGUGGUGCAAAAGUUGGGACUUCUGCAGAAUGGGAUUAUAACCACGAAUUUACACCUCUCAUGCUUGCAGCUCGGAGUGGAUGUAUCAAUGGUCUUAAAGACCUGAUAUCUGCAGGAGCAGAUGUCAAUGCCGGUCUAAAUUCCGAUAAAGAAACGCCACUGCAUCAUGCAGUACAUUCAGCAGUGCCGGAAUGUGUGCAAAUCUUGCUGAAAGCCGGAGCAAAUCCUAACCCAACUAUCAUGUUCAGUGAAACUCCUCUACACAUUGCUGUAUAUGAGGGAUUGUCAGAUAUUGUAGACAUACUACUUAAUGCUGGGGCAGAUGUCCGAUCAUCCCGUGGCGCAUCGAAAAUGACAGCACUUCAUAUUGCUGCUUAUGAGGGCUACAGCAGCAUUGCUCAUCAACUAUUAAAAGCUGGCGCAGACCCUAACCAAGAGAAUCUUAAACAGCAAACGCCACUCCACUUGGCAGCAAAAGCUCAAAGUUAUGACAGCGUCCAAGUCCUACUGAGCUUUGGAGCCAACCCCAACGCUCGCGAUCGUGACCGCAAGACACCAUUACAUAGUGGCAUCUUCAAAGGGUCUAGGUCACACGAGUGCCUCAGACUCCUACUGGAAGCUGGGGCAGAUACUAAUGCAGCUGAUCUCUCAGGAUAUACACCUCUACACAUGGCUGCUGUACAUGACUCAACCUACUGUGUCCUUCUCUUCCUGGAUCAUGGUGGAGAUGUUACGGCCUGCACACAAGGAGGUGUAUCUGCCCUGAACCUAAUAUUACGUCGCACGCCAACAGUCUUGGCUCACAUCCAAGAAAAUCUUGAUGCUGCCAUUGGUUUUUCAGAUCAUGACCAUCACGACCGAGAAUCACAGGUACAAAUGAACUUCAGAGUCCUCAUACCCGGCGAAGGAUAUGGCUUGGAGUGUCGAAUGUUGUCCUGCUUCAUCAAGGAGGGUCAAAAGGCUCUGCUGAAGCACCCUCUGUGUGAAACACUUUUGUUCCUAAAGUGGUUAAAAGUCCGUAACUUUUUCAUAUUCAAUCUCAUCUUCUACGCACUCAUGGUCGCCAUGUUAACAGUCUAUAUCAUGGUGGUAUUCCCCGCAGCCUCUUGUUUUCAUUUGAACUCCACCACUCAGGAAACCAUCUUUGCACCUUUCCACUUUUCACCACCUUCUCCGACAGAACACCAGGAAUCACCUCUGACACCAACGUUACCAGACAUCGAUGCAACUUCUCCAGACCCUACAGCGUACAAUAGCACACCUUCCAGCAACUACCAAACCACAACAAAUAUGAUGUCACGAGAGAACACCCUGAAAAGAGAAGCGUGCGGAAUGAAAUACGAAAUGCUGCUGGCUUCCCUUCUUUAUGUAAUCUGGGCAUUCAUCUCAUUGCUUGCCAUCAAGGAACUCUUCCAGAUAAUAGACACCCCAAGAACCUAUUUUUCGUCGUGGGAAAACUUGUUAGAGUGGCCAAUCAUCACAUUCACGAUGCUAAUAACCAUCACGUCGUAUGUGAAACAAGACACUGAACCUUGGGAGCAUCACCUUGCAGCAGUUGUCAUUUUAAUCACCUGGGUCAAGCUGCUCUUGCUUAUUGGUAGAUUUCCUGUGUUUGGGUUAUACGUGCUGAUGUUCACACAAGUCACAAAGAACUUUGGGAAAUUCCUUUUUGCUUAUUUAAGUUUAAUAAAUGCCUUCUCUUUAAGUUUUGGAGUAUUGUUCCCUAAUCAUGAACCUUUCAAAGUAUACAUGCUACGCUUAGUUAAGACAAUAGUCAUGAUGACGGGGGAAAUUGAAUAUGAUGAGUGGUUCUUUAAUGAAGAUAAGACAAUCAUGUACCCUAUAACUUCGCAUAUUAUUUUCUCCAUCUUCCUCAUUUUUGUCACGAUCAUCCUCAUGAAUCUCCUUGUUGGUCUGGCAGUUUCUGACAUUCAGGGUCUUCAAAAAUCAGCAGGGCUUGAUCGGCUGGUCCGUGAGACACAGCAGAUAUCACACUUUGAAGCCAUAAUGUUUAGCAAAUGGCUCCCACUUGUCAUACCAAACAGUAUACUCAGUCUGCUUUACAAAGGAAUAUUAAUCUGCCCAUCUCUGUAUGGCUAUACACUUGUACUAACACCUCAGACGCUCAUGGACACAGGACUCCCUCCAGAACUUGUGGAGGUCAUUCUCAGAACAGCACGUGCUAGAGACCAUGUAAACAGGAGGAGGCACGCAUUCGCCAACUUCCGGUCCUUGAGCAAAACAGCCCAAUACUCGGGGGAUGAUGGUGAUGUUCAGAAAAGCAUUGAUGCCCUCCGGUUUGGCUUGGAUCUGCUUGUCUGGGAUGCUGACGAACGGCGUGACGAUGGCAUAUUCCUCAAGAAGGCUCUGAAUAACCUGGCAGAGGACAUCGCAAACAUCAACACACAGGUCCACACUCUGAUGUCCAGUGGUGCUUGCCACAAGUGUAAUCAAGAAAUGGAGGCUGAAAAAGAGGAUGAAAACAGGAGAAGCCAGUACACAUCCUGUGAAACCCCAGAGGGGAAAGACACGAGUGGCUCUGAAACACCAACCAUAAGUCCAGAGUCCUCAGGCUCCUCUAUUUAAUUGUAAUUACAAAAAUAAUCAAUAUAUACUUGCUUCUGCAACACUAAACUGCCCAUUAUGUUUACAUUAAGAUGGCUUUGUUGUUACAGAAUUCAUCGGUUGUAAAACUGAUUUCAUGUUCCUAAUAUGUAUUUAGUAUUCACCAAGGAUGCCUUGAUAUAUAGGAUACUCAAAAUAUGUGAUUAUAUAUAAGGAAUUUAGCUAUAAGCCACUUGUGUAUAUCAAAACUGUGGAAUCAAAUUAUAAACCUUAACAUUU